AUGAGCGACAAUGGUAUCAAGACCAUACUGGCUCCAAAGUUCGCAAACGAGAUCGCCAGAUCCCCUAUACUCAAUUUCACCACAGUGGUGGGGUUUGAGAUGCAUGCUAAUACUCAAGGAUUUUCCCCAUUUGGAGAGCUUGCAAAGAGCGAAGAUAUCUUUGUAGACGCGGUGCGUAUCAAACUCACGCAGGCACUUGGAAGUAUCACAAAGCCGUUGUCAGAAGAAACAUCUCUCUCUCUCCGAAACCACUGGACCGAUGAUGAAGAAUGGCACGAUCUACCACUCAAACAGAGCAUCGUGCAAAUUAUUGCUCAACUUUCAUCGAGAGUCUUCUUGGGCGAACAGAUGUGCCGAAACCCCGACUGGCUGCGAAUUAUUGUCGACUACACCGUCGAUGCCUUCCAGGCUGGGGACAAGCUUCGAUGGUGGCCGGAAAUCACCCGCCCUAUCGUCGCUUAUUUCCUUUCAUCAACUCGCAAGGUGCAGCAACAACUGCGAGAGGCAGAGAGAAUCCUGAGGCCAAUGCUUGAUGAGAGAAAGAGAGCCAAAGAAAAUGCCCUGAAGGAAGGAAUUGAAUUUCCCCGAUACAAUGAUGCCAUGGAAUGGCUGGAGCAGGCCUCCAAGGGCCGCUCUUAUGAUCCUGUUGCCUUGCAAGUGACCUUCUCAUGGGUGGCAAUUCACACAACAACGGACAUGAUGACUCAAGCAAUCUAUGAUCUUUGCGAGAGACAGGAACUUGUGGAAGAGCUACGAAAGGAAGUCAUUUCUGUGAUAUCGAGCGAGGGAUGGAAGAAAUCCGCCAUGUACAAGCUGCAAUUGAUGGACAGCUUCCUGAAGGAAUCACAACGAAUGAAGCCUGUCAGUAAUGUAUUAAUGCGCCGUAUGGUCGGCAAGGAGUUCAGUCUCAGCGAUGGCACUCACAUCCCGAAAGGCGUACAGCUAAUGGUCUCAGCUGACUGGCACUGGGACUCGGACUUCUACGAGAACCCACUAGCAUUCAAUCCCUAUCGCUUCCUGAAAAUGAAACAGAUCCCCGGACGGGAGAGCCGUGCCCAUCUCGUGUCUCCGUCUCCCGAGCACAUGGGUUUUGGUUAUGGCAACCACGCCUGUCCCGGUCGGUUCUUUGCUGCCAAAGAGAUAAAGACCUUGUUAUGUCACUUAAUAUUGAAAUAUGAUUUCAAGCUUGCAGAAGGGUCUGCCCCUGCCGUUUUGACAUAUGGGGUUGCGGUGACCUCUGACCCACAAGCAAGGAUAUCAGUUCGCUGA